GUUAAUUAGUUUUCGAAACGGUCCGUUCCUCGCACCACUGCCAAAUACCCAAUCCAAGAUCCCCCAAAAACCAAAAUGUCCGCCACUCUGCGCCUUCUCUGCCUGAUGGCCUGCUGCGUUGCUUUGACCGUUGCCAAUCGGCCACAAUACGGUGCAUCCGGACACGGCUCUCCCAGGUACGGAGAUGUGGUCAAGGCAGUCGAGACCGCCGAGGCCCAGGCCUCCGCCCUGACCAACGCCGCCGGAGCAGCUGCCUCCGCUGCCAAGUUGAACGGCGCCGACUGGAAUGCCCUCAACCAAUAUGGAUGGGAGCAGGGCAGGCCGCUCCUGGUCAAGCCCUUCGGACAACCUCUGGACAACCUCUACGCCGCCGCCCUGCCACCGCGCUCUUUCGUGGCCGAGAUCGAUCCAGUCUUCAAGAAGAGCCACAACGCCGGAGCUUACGGCGAGAAGGCGGUUCUGAACACGGAAUCCAAAUUGGGUGUGGUUGCCAUCUAAGAGCUUGGAUUGUAUAGCUCCAAAAGUGUUAAUAAAUAGUGAUAGCUUAAAGCGAAAUACACGGUUGAAAAUUCA